AUGAAAUUCCCAAUCAGUCUUGCAACACUUGCUAUCAGCACUGUGGCAUCCGCCUACUGUGUACCGCCCUCACCCCAAUCAUCCAUAGUUGAAGGACAACAGUUCAUUUCAGAAAAACUUAGAAUUCCUGGCCAAAAUGAGUUGCAAUAUUGUUCAAGUCAAUUUAAAAGAGGUCCCAUCACCUUUUCUGAUGUAUCGACUAAGCCAAGGGUGCCAGUGGUUAACCAGCCUUUUGAGGUGGACAUGAAGGGUACUCUCCACGUUCCUCUGAGUAGCCGGGCAAAAAUUCGGGUUUAUGAUUUGACCACUGAUUAUGAUCUCACGGAACCAAUCGACUUUCUCACGUAUAUGAAAAAGAAUGGGGCGGAAGUCCCUACCAACGUGGGAGAAUUUCAUAUCCGCUUUACAUUUACACCCCAACUUGCUUAUCCCCCAAAGAUUGGUAUUGAGCUGUAUAAUUCCGAAAGAUCCUUGUUACUCUGUGUCAAGACUCUCCUCUUUUUUUAA